CCUUCAGGGGGCUUUUAGCAUUUGUUCAGUCUGCAGUCUCUGGAAAACAUCUGAUUCAUUUUUUAACCAGUCCCAGAUGCGGCAGUGUGAGAGUGUGUGUGCGUGAGCGCGUCAGUGUGAGUUUGUCAGUGCAUGAGAAUUUGGGUCUAUCUGCUAUCUAGAGAAGGGGAGGGAAAGAAGAACCGUGUGGAUUUUUUUUUUAAUAUAACUUUUUAGGUAUGAACGCAGCGUGCGUCUCAUACUGCGAUAUGACAUCGAUGGAUUCAUAUUAUAGCACGUCUACUGCGCCAGGUAGGGAUCACCAGGCGAACCCGUUCAGGACUUUCCAGACCACUGAAACCAAAUACAGCCCCACGUUCAUUCCGGGUAAAGGGCAGCCUUACGGAGAGAAGUCCCGGAGUCCCUUCCAGCCGGAGUGCCAGUCAUUGGAUGGCACAGAGGAGGGCACCUUCAACAAAUACCAGCUCUUCAUGCAGCGGCCGACCUGCAAAACUCCACCCGAAGGCAGCAAACUGCACCCGGACAACGGGCUCAACGGUGGGACGCUCAUUCCCUGCUAUGGAAAAGACAACAGCGGCUUGACAGAUUCUGAGUUGCCCCCGAGCGUCGACCCUGCCGGGAUGGAAGGCAGCUACCUGAACCUUAAGGUACCUGGCGAGAAGGGGCCGAGCGAGCGGCCAGGCUCUGACCUUUCCAGCCCUCUGGACAAAAGUGAAGCUGAGAGCAACAAAGGCAAGAAGAGACGUAAUCGCACCACAUUCACCAGCUACCAGCUGGAGGAGCUGGAGAAGGUUUUCCAGAAGACACACUACCCAGAUGUUUAUGCCCGCGAGCAGCUGGCACUGAGGACAGACCUGACGGAGGCUCGUGUACAGGUGUGGUUCCAGAAUCGCAGAGCCAAGUGGAGGAAGAGGGAGCGCUUUGGCCAGAUGCAACAGGUCCGGACACACUUCUCUACUGCUUACGAGCUGCCUCUCCUGACCCGGCCUGAGAACUAUGCACAGAUCCAGAACCCUACGUGGAUCGGGAGCAGCAGUGGAGCAUCUCCAGUGCCGGGUUGCGUUGUGCCUUGUGACUCCGUCCCCUCCUGCAUGCCGCCUCACCCUCACGGUCCAGGAGGCGUCACUGACUUCCUGGGCGUGCCCAGUCCAGGGAGCAGCCACAUGGGACAGACUCAUAUGGGCAGCCUUUUUGGAGGUCCCGGCAUGGGUGGUGGAAUCAAUGGCUAUGAUCUCAAUGUUGAUCCAGACCGCAAGUCCUCCAGCAUAGCUGCACUGCGUAUGAAGGCCAAGGAACACAGUGCAGCCAUCUCUUGGGCUACAUGAUGCCCCAAACUGUGGGAAAUCAUAUAGCCCAUGUAGGGCAUCAUGUAGGACUGAGAGACUGAGGCGUUAGCAGAGGCCAUUUCAGCGACCAACGCAACCAAGAUAACAGCUGUGACUUGUGACAAUAAGCAGAUGCUGACAGUGAGAGAAAUACAGAGGUGUGACUUAGAGGAGGAAGUUACUUAGAAGACGUGUUAAUUCUUGAUUGCUUGAUCUCUCAGGUCUCAUUGAAAUAUGGGGUUUAGUCCCCAAUAAGCGGGGUAUCAUUCAUGAUAGUGAUCUAGUGAUAGUGAUUGGUUUCAGUAAAAUAAGCAAUAAUAAUAAAUAUGGUUUACAAAGUACUACCUUAAAAUACAGGAAUUCAGUGCCAAAACCAGCCACAUCAUACAGUAUUUUAAUUUAUAGAAUUAAGCUUGAUUGACAUUAGUUACUUUCAUUAGCUUAUUUUUUUUACCAGCCAUCCUGCCCCACACAUUUGGUCUAUGUUACUUUAAACUUGUCACUCAUACUGUACAAAUGAGUACAUUCCUGAUCAUUCAGUAUUUGUGUCUUAAAAUCCAUUUAAAAAACAAGGACACAGUGAGAGCAAGCUCAGGUGCAGACCAAGUGCUGAGAGUGAGUGCAAACAAUAAUUGGCUAUGAAAGAAAACAGUAAUUUUGUCUUGGCCUACGGUGGGUAGUUUAUGUUCCUGCAAAGAAGGACAGAGGUUGAAUGCAAUAAGUGAACAGAGUCUAAUUGAGCGAGAGCAGGCAUGGCCUGUGCCAAUUUAGUCUGGGAGGAGGGCAGCCAUUAGAUUGGCAGCAAUUUCAAACCAACGUGUCAUUUCCUCCCCCAGGGCUGCCUCCACAGGUUCUCCUGCUAGGCUCAGUCCUCAGGUUACAGGAAACACUGUCUCCACUGGCAGACAAGGCGCAGCAACGCACAGCAGCAGCCUUCAACACCAACUAGCCACGUCAGCUUCAAUCAGCAAACAAACCGGAAUAGACACACUUAAUUAGCAUCAAAGUGAGCCGUUCUGCCCUGCGAACACCACAGUACAUCACAGCCUACAGGGUGAGGACAUACUGCACACACAGUUCCACACGCUGUAAUAAUCAAUUCAUCGUUAGACGUGGGCUCAGCAGAGAUGACUCUUGGAUUUGUAGCUUGCGCAAAGAAUCCGUCACAUGCCAGAGACUGCAGGCCAAAUCAGUGGCCCCCAUCGUCAUGAAGAGCAUUCUGUAAUGUUUAGGUAAUGUGAUGACAUUAGAGCUGGACUGCAGGAAUGUAGUGAGUAUGUCCAGUGAUUGCAGGGGUGUCUCUGUCUCUGUGUUACCCCGCUGGAAUAAGCUUGUCACCAGAGCUGGACUGCAGGCUGAGACCAGAGACAGGCUUCAUUAGUCUUUUGGCUGAUCUCUCUAUGACGCCCGCAGGGCUACAUAUCCGUUUUCUUUCCCCUGUGAGGAUGAUGGCAGAGAAUCGGUUUCUGUUCCUCAUAGUUGGUUGAUCAUUGUAACAUAUGAGUGCCCAUUAUAAAAAAGACUGAAAAUUCUAAUUUUCUCAGGAUCUCAAUCUCCUAAAACCCAAUAGAAUGUCUUUGUUGCCCAAACCCCCAAAAUUCCCAAAUAUUCAGUUUACUAUCAUAUAAGAUAAAGACUGGGACCAGAGAAUAUAUGGCUUUUGUGCUUGAAAAAUUACAUAAAAUGAUUAAAUUAUUAUGAAUAUAGUUGAUAAGAUUUCCUUUUUUUCCCAUAGGAAGAAAACAAAAACCCCUAAUAUCAUCCUAAUUCAUUCCGUUGCUUUCAAAAUCAAGCCAUGUCUUGUUAACAGCAAGCACAUUAGGUGACAACAUAAUGAUGACUUUGGCAUGAGUGCUCAUGCUGUUAAUAUAUUCUAAAUCAAAUAAAAAGACAACUGGCCAUGACUCUUUUCAAUAAAAUAAACAUUAAUCUCUAAAUAAAUAAACUCUGUUGGAUGUGAGGACUAAAAAUCAAAAGAAUAACUGUCAUAAUUUCAAUAUAAAAACAGGAUGUGGUCAGAAUAAAUUUAAGCAUGAGUACAUGUGUGACUGAAUUCCUACAUUGUCGAGUUGACUGUGUGUUUGUCUUCUCGCUGGUCCUCUCUCUACUCUUCCGCAGCUCCGUCCAUGUUGAUACUACUGAAAUAAAGCAAUUGAAAUCCAUAGUUAUUAAUGUUGUAUUGUGUGAAUGUGAACAAUAUAAAUGUUAUUGUUCUUUUGCUUGUACAUUUGUUUUGCUUAUUUGUCAAAUAAAUAAUGGGCCUCCAGAGAUAAACCAAUGAAGUAUUACAGUAAUAUUGCCAAGAAAUGUACAAUUAUGUUCUGUGUGUUAUUCUGAAGAGGUGUUCUGGAUUUUUACAAAGGUUGAAAUCGCUUUCUAAUUUUCUUAUGACAUUAAGCAGCUUUUUGUAUAUUAAUCAAGUAUUUCUACUUCUGAUUGUGACUUUAUAUAAUGUACCAUUGCAAUAAGUUAUUGCACUUACAGUGUUGGAGAAGUUUGUUUCUUUAAUUUUUGACUUCCACUGGGACAGUGGUCUCUUUGCUACAGCCAGAGGCGUGUGGUUUUGUGUCCCAACAGUCGAGAACUGUCUCCUAAGCCCGUCCAUAUUUAGCACCAUGAACAGCGUCACUGAGAUCUGUUCAAGGUGCUGGACAUUUGUUUGUACAGAAGUAACUUGCUGUUUUUGUGUAUGAUGGUUUUGAAGUGAUUAUCAAAUAAAUGAA